UAAAUAAUCGCUCUCGGAUUUGUGGCGAUCCCGCCGCCUCAGGCACUUGCGGGCCAUCCAUUUCUUGCGCGUUACCACCUGGAAAUCCUCUCCAGAAUUCGACAUUCCAAAAGUUUACACUUUGCUAUGAAAUGAACGAUCCAAACAAAGCCAUCAGUGUAAACUUAUCCUCGCUGCUCAGCCUGAAGGCGGAACUCCUGCGGAAGCAGCAUGAGGUCAGGGUGGCCAAGGCCACGCAGGCGUCCACCACCGAUUUCCGGCCCAGCAAAAGCAGCAGCGACAAAGGAGAGUCCCAGGAUCGGGGCUACAAAAAGGUCGGGAGCAGCAACGAUGGCGCCAAGGUGUACGAGGCGGAGGACCAUGCCCAGCUGGACAAGUCGAGGCGUGUCCUGGAGGCCAAGAGCAAGUUCUACGACCGGAUGAGCCGCUCUGGCGGCACCCUCAACUCCGAUGACAACUGCCUCGUGAUGUUCAACCGCAAAAAGCAGGAGGCGGGCCAAGAGCAGCCCCCACCAAGGAGUUAUCAACGCCAGAGGCUGAGCAGCAGCAGUAGCAGCAGUUCCAGCGAUGACGACCAAGUCCAGGACGAUGACGAGGUGGAGUACACUGAUUGCCUAGGCCGCACCAGAAAGUGCCUUAGAAAGGACCUGAAGGAGGCCCAGAAACGCGACCGACAACUGGCGGAGAGCAUGCCAGAGCGCAUAGAUCAGACCAAGGCCAACUGGAUGAUAGAUACGAAAGGCAGUCGCAAUCAGGACGAUGCCCACAAAAGCGACAGUGACGACGAUGCCGAUUCCUGUUUUGGGCCACGACCCUCGGAGAGCGUCUUCAGCGAUGCCCUGUCCACAAUGACCAAGCACGAUGAGCAGCGCCUGAACUGGGAGCGCAAGGAAAUGGAAAAUGUCGACAAACCCGAUGUCCAUUACCAGGACGUAUUCUUCGACGAGGCACGCACCCACGGCGCUGGCUACUAUGCUUUUUCCACGGACGAAGAGGAGCGCAGAAAGCAACAGCUGGACCUUGAAACGGCGCGCAAGGAAACAACUGCGGAGCAGACGCGGCGGGACGAGAUGCGCGCCAAGCGGGACAGCCUCGUAGCCGAUCGCGUGCUUGCCGCCAAAAACAGGAUUCGAGCGCGCAACGGUUUGCCACCCAUCAGCAAGGAGCAGUACGAGCGGGAGGAGCAGCAAAAGAAGGCCGAAUCAGCGGCCGAAGCCGCAGAGCGAGAGCGGGAGGAGCAGGAAAAGAAGGCUGCCAUUGAGAAAGCGAAGGCCAAGAAGGAGGCUGAACUGGAGGAACUACGAAAGGAUCAUGUCCGUGAUUGGGACAAAGAUAAGCCUGGUGUGCGCAAGCGACGUGACUCAGAUGGCGACGAAUCACCCGAGGAGGAGUGGAACUACAGGGCCGAACGUCUGCCCAUGUCUCAGGAGGAGUGGAACGAGAAGCAGCGGGCCCAGCGGCAGAAAGAGUUUGCACCCAUGCCGGAGCAGGUUCCCCUCAAGCGCAGCAACUUUAGCAGCAUGCCACCGCCCCCAUCUCAGUCGUGGCACAGCGGCCAGGAGCCUGAGUUUCACAACUUUCACAGCACCAAACAGGAGAAGAAGUUUCAGCGGCGCAACUACACCACCUACCAGGAAGAUAACUACGAUGAAGAGCCCGGCACAUCCGUUCACGGCCAGGGUGCUGCAAUACCUCCACCUCCUGGACUGCACCUUUCUUCCCCACCGCCUGCAGCUAAACGGGCCAAAUCCCAGGCCGAACUCGAGCGAUCCAUCGAGGCUGGCCUGAAGUUCCUGCGCGAGAACUGCGACAAGGGCGUCAUGGGCAACAAAGCCACGUGGACGGCCAAGGCGGACUACUAACUUAAGGCAAGGCUUGUUACCCUUCAUUUAAAGUUUAUUACUUUCUGUAAAGAAUACUUUAGAAAAACACAA